AGAGAGACAGCCAAGCAGUCAUUUGGUUCUCUGCGUUCCAUCUUUGUGAGAGAAAGAGCAAUGGGUGCUUCUUCUUCUGCUUCUCUGCUAGGGCUUUUUUAGGAUUUUCUAGGGUUUCUUUUUAGGGUUUCUGUUCUUCAUUUCUUGCUCUUGCGAGUUCUUUCUUCUUUCUGUGGCGGAGAUGGGAGGUGACAAGGCGAUCAGCCUCGAGCAGAUUAAAAACGAGGCAGUUGAUCUGGAACGGAUUCCAAUCGAGGAAGUGUUCGAGCAGCUGAAAUGUACUCAAGAAGGUCUGACAUCGGAGGAAGGAGCAAAUCGGAUCCAGAUCUUUGGACCCAACAAGCUCGAAGAGAAAAAAGAAAGCAAAGUCCUAAAGUUUCUGGGAUUUAUGUGGAACCCCCUGUCAUGGGUCAUGGAAAUGGCUGCUCUGAUGGCUAUUGUCUUAGCAAACGGAUCUGGGAAACCACCAGAUUGGCAGGACUUUGUCGGAAUUAUUGUGUUGCUGGUCAUCAACUCAACCAUCAGUUUCAUUGAAGAAAACAAUGCCGGUAAUGCUGCGGCUGCUCUCAUGGCGGGUCUCGCACCGAAAACAAAGGUUCUUAGAGAUGGUCGAUGGACCGAACAAGAUGCUGCGAUUCUAGUUCCGGGGGAUAUAAUAAGCAUCAAAUUGGGUGACAUUGUCCCUGCUGAUGCUCGUCUCCUCGAAGGCGAUCCGUUAAAGAUUGACCAAUCUGCAUUGACCGGAGAAUCACUCCCCGUCACCAAGAACCCUGGAGAUGAGGUGUUUUCGGGUUCGACUUGCAAGCAGGGUGAGAUUGAAGCUGUUGUCAUCGCGACUGGCGUUCACACUUUCUUUGGAAAGGCUGCUCAUCUGGUGGAUAGCACCAACCAAGUGGGACAUUUCCAGAAGGUUCUUACAGCAAUCGGUAACUUCUGCAUUUGCUCGAUUGCGAUUGGGAUGGUGGUUGAGAUCAUUGUCAUGUACCCGAUCCAGCACCGCAGGUAUAGGGAUGGGAUUGACAAUCUUUUGGUACUCUUGAUUGGAGGAAUACCAAUUGCAAUGCCUACUGUCUUGUCUGUCACCAUGGCUAUUGGAUCCCACCGGCUCUCUGAGCAGGGGGCCAUCACCAAGAGAAUGACUGCAAUUGAGGAGAUGGCUGGCAUGGAUGUCCUCUGCAGUGAUAAAACUGGGACUCUAACCCUCAACAAGCUGAGUGUUGACAGAAACCUCGUUGAGGUGUUUGCAAAAGGUGUAGACAAAGAGCACGUCCUUCUGCUUGCAGCAAGAGCAUCCAGGAUUGAAAAUCAGGAUGCAAUUGAUACUGCCAUCGUUGGAAUGCUCGCAGAUCCAAAGGAGGCAAGAGCUGGAAUUAGGGAGGUGCAUUUUCUUCCCUUCAACCCGGUCGACAAGAGAACUGCUCUCACCUAUGUUGAUGGAGAUGGGCGCUGGCAUCGUGCUUCCAAAGGUGCCCCUGAGCAGAUAUUAAACCUUUGCAACUGCAAGGAAGAUGUUAGGAACAAGGUUCAUUCUGUGAUCGACAAGUUUGCCGAACGUGGGCUUCGCUCACUAGCUGUUGGACGACAGGAAGUGCCUGAGAAAACAAAGGAGAGCCCAGGAGCACCAUGGCAAUUUGUGGGUCUGUUGCCUCUCUUUGAUCCACCUAGGCAUGACAGUGCAGAAACUAUCCGUCAGGCUCUCAAUCUUGGUGUGAACGUGAAGAUGAUUACUGGGGAUCAGCUAGCCAUUGCUAAGGAAACAGGCCGGAGGCUUGGAAUGGGAACAAACAUGUAUCCCUCAUCUUCCUUGCUUGGCCAAGACAAGGAUGCAUCCAUCGCCUCCCUUCCUAUUGAUGAAUUGAUUGAGAAGGCCGAUGGGUUUGCCGGAGUAUUUCCAGAGCAUAAAUAUGAAAUUGUGAAGAAGCUACAGGAGAGGAAGCACAUCUGUGGAAUGACAGGAGAUGGAGUGAAUGAUGCUCCUGCCUUAAAGAAGGCCGAUAUUGGUAUUGCUGUUGCUGAUGCCACUGAUGCUGCUAGAGGUGCUUCCGACAUUGUCCUCACAGAACCUGGACUCAGUGUCAUCAUCAGUGCUGUUCUCACCAGCAGAGCCAUUUUCCAGAGGAUGAAGAACUACACAAUAUAUGCAGUCUCUAUCACCAUCCGUAUUGUGCUUGGUUUUAUGCUUAUUGCUCUCAUUUGGAAGUUCGAUUUCUCUCCCUUCAUGGUUUUGAUCAUCGCCAUUCUCAAUGAUGGAACGAUCAUGACAAUCUCAAAAGAUCGAGUGAAGCCAUCUCCUAUGCCAGACAGUUGGAAGCUGAAGGAAAUCUUCGCGACGGGUGUGGUUCUGGGAGGUUACUUGGGAUUGAUGACAGUGGUCUUCUUCUGGGUUAUGAAUGAUACUGAUUUCUUCUCGGAUAAAUUUGGAGUUAGAUCACUGAAGGACAGACCCAAAGAAAAGAUGGCUGCCUUAUACCUGCAAGUGAGUAUUGUAAGCCAGGCUCUCAUAUUUGUCACUCGAUCUCGCAGCUGGUCUUAUGCAGAACGUCCUGGGCUUCUCUUGGUCACCGCCUUCAUAGCUGCUCAGCUGGUGGCUACUGUCUUAGCUGUCUAUGCCAACUGGGGUUUUGCUAGGAUCAAAGGAGUGGGUUGGGGCUGGGCUGGAGUCAUCUGGCUUUACAGCUUGGUAUUCUAUGUCCCGCUCGACUUUAUCAAGUUCGCCAUCCGCUACGCACUAAGUGGAAAGGCUUGGGAUACUCUGAUAGAGAAUAAGACUGCCUUCACUAGCAAGAAGGAUUAUGGCAGGGAAGAAAGGGAAGCUCAGUGGGCUCUAGCACAGAGGACCCUGCAUGGGCUUCAACCCCCCGAAGCCUCCAACAUCUUCAAUGAAAAGAGCAGCUACAGGGAGCUGUCCGAGAUCGCCGAGCAGGCCAAGAGGCGGGCCGAGGUCGCUAGGCUUCGUGAGCUGCACACACUCAAGGGGCAUGUGGAGUCGGUGGUGAAGCUGAAGGGGCUCGACAUCGAUACCAUCCAGCAGCAUUAUACAGUGUAAUAAAAAUAAAUACAUAUUAUGAGAAACAAGGCAAGAAAGUGAAGUGUGGGGAGAAAAAAAGCUCAAAGAAGAAGAAGAAGAGGAGGAGAAGAGGAAGCAAAAGCUCUAACUAGAGUAGAAUGGUUUUCUAGUGAAUGCUAUGCCCUUGUAAUUCUGAUCUGUUUCUGGCUUCAUUUUCUGGCAGGAGCAGCGUUUGAAUGGGCUUUGUCUUAUUUUCUUUUUCGCUUGUGUAGUAGGAGCACAAUAACAUCAAUGGCACUCGUUUUUGCCCCUUC